UUAUAAAUGGUCUAUUUUUAGCCGUCAGUAGGUAUUUCACAACUGAAUAGUCAUAGACCAAGUCUUGUCACCUCACGGGUUCUAUAUCUCAUACCGGUUAAAACUGAAUGGUCACAGACCAAGUCGUGUCACCGGCGAGUAAAGUCCUCUACACAAGUUCACGGGUUCUAGAUCUCACACAAGUUUGGUGUCGGUUCCAGUGACCGCUUCUAUUCACCGUUAGCCAGAACAACGACCACAGAUGAGUUGUGGAGACCCUGUCCUGACGUUUGGCAUCAUAGCAGACGUUCAGUACGCCGACGAAGACAACGGCAGGAACUUCCUCAAGACGAGAACUCGCUACUACAGAAACUCUCUGAACAUCCUCCACAACGCCGUCAACCACUGGCGUCAGGUGAAGCCAAGAGUGGACUUCAUCCUUCAACUCGGAGACCACAUUGACGGCAUCUGCAAACGCAAGGGCAGUGACGUAGGCCUCCGGACUGCCCUCGGUCCGCUCAUCAGCUUCGGGAAGCCAGUCUAUCAUGUGAUAGGAAACCACGAACUCUACAACUUCUCGCGGGAACAGUUUAUUGGCACCGAGCUGUUCAGUGCUGGAAGGGAGGAAUGCGACUCGCCAGCAGUAGGUUGCCUGUAUUACUCUUUCCAGCCUCACCCAGCCGUAAGAGUCGUGGCGCUAGACUGCUACGAUGUCAGUCUUAUAGGCAAUCCCAAAGACAGCGAUAAGUACAGAGAGGCGAUGGAGAUAAUUCGAGAAAAAAAUACCAACGAGGAUCUGGCUUCUCCGCUUGGACUUCCAGAGGAAAAUAUGCGCUUUGUGACGUGGAAUGGAGGAUUGUCGUCCAGACAGUUGAGCUGGCUGCAGACUGAAGUACAAGAAGCCGAAAAGCUACGUCAGAAUGUUAUAGUCUUUGGUCAUCUUCCUCUAUUCCAACCAACGUCCGACUGCGUGAAUCUCUGCUGGAACGCGGAAGACGUGGUCGACGUUCUCCACCAGCACAGCUGUGUCGUCUGCUAUCUAUGUGGUCACAACCACGACGGCGGGGACGCCGUGGAUGGCGAGGGUAUACUGCAUGUGACGAUGCCAGGCGUCGUUGAGAGAGGUCCCGGGGAGGACGCUUUCGCCACCGCUAGUCUACAUCGUGAAAGGCUGGACAUAGCGGGGCAAGGAGCAGCGGGGUCGUUCAGCGUCAACUUGCGUUAUCCCAUAUCAUAAACUGGUGACUGCUAGUCUACAUCGUGACAGGCUGGACAUAUUGGGACAAGGAGCAGCGGGGUCGUUCAGCGUCAACUUGCGUUAUCACAUAUCGUAAACUGGUGACUGCUAGUCUACAUCGUGACAGGCUGGACAUAUUGGGACAAGGAGCAGCGGGGUCGUUCAGCGUCAACUUGCGUUAUCCCAUAUCGUAAACUGGCGACUGCUAGUCUAGAUUGUGACAUGCUGGACAUAUUGGGACAAGGAGCAGCGGGGUCGUUCAGCGUCAACUUGCGUUAUCCCAUAUCGUAAACUGGCGACUGCUAAUUUGUGUAGAUGCUCUAAGAUCAAGCGCGCUAAUCAAAUAUAUUUUAUAACUAAUAAUCCACAGCAUUACAUUUUUGGACAUUGCGUUUCUAAAAGGUCCAUUUCCCCUAUUUUGAGUAAUGUAAAAAUUGUCCCAUUAAAAUAAAUAGAGGAUU